ACACACACACAUAUAUAUAUAUAUAUAGUGAAUUUGGAGACUCUUUCGUGUGCAUAUUUCCAUGGAAUUAAUUACUGUGGACGAAAGAAAACCCCUCCAUGAAUUGGAUUUCUUUGCCAACGAUAAGCAGGAGACUCAGCCAUCCGAUCCAUCGAAAACUUCGAAUUUUGAUGCCUAUGUCAACACUGGUUUGAAUCUUGGAACUCCGGCGAACACAGUGAAAGAUCAUCACUCCAUCUCCACAAACAAAAGAGAACAUGUUGAGUUGCAAAUACUAAAGACUGAGCUGAAAAGAAUUAAUUCGGAGAACGAGCAAUUGAGGGUGAUGUUGAAUCAGACAAGUAGCAACUGCAACACCCUUCGGAUGCAUAUUCAGGCUCGAAUCGAGCAACAGCAGCAACAUACAAGCAAUCCUACUCGAGACCAAGACCGGCCAUAUUGUAAGGAUGAGGACAUCAUACAAAGUUGUGCAAACAAGGCUCCUAGGAUGUCUUGUAAUGAAAACAUUUCUGGCUGUACUACUCAGGGAACCAUCCGGAAGGCUCGUGUGUCGGUUAGGGCACGGUGUGAGGGUUCAAUGAUCAUGGAUGGAUGCCAAUGGCGCAAAUACGGGCAGAAAGUGUCGAAGGGAAACCCGUGCUCUCGCGCAUACUAUCGCUGCACAAUGGCCGUCGGUUGCCCCGUAAGAAAACAAGUACAAAGAAGUGCGGAGGACAAAAGCAUCCUCAUAACAACAUACGAAGGCGAUCAUAACCACCCGUUAUCUCCCCCGGCCAUGGCCAUGUCUAAAAUGACAUCGUCGGCUGCAAAAAUGAUUCUAUCGGGCUCAAUCCAGAGCAUGGAUGGACUAACCAAUGCUAAUUCAUUGGCAUUGGCGCUUUUUCCCGACUACUGCAACAUGGUCACCAUUUCAGCAUCCGCGCCUUCCCCUACAAUCUUACUCGACCUAACUAAAUACCAAAACCCCGUGCAACUUUCAUCGCCUUCUUACCUGUCUCCUACUACCUUUUCGAAUGCUCCACCACCCGGAGGAAACUUUCUUACGACAAUGGGUCGCCCACAAAUUUUGGGCCAAGAAUUGUCGGGUACAUUAUUUAAUUCUUCACCGGGGCUACAAAUGUCGAGUCAAGAAAUGAAUCAAGCCACCACCACGUCGCAAACAAUGUUGAAUGGUUCUAUACAUGCCUUGUGUAGCGACUUGAGCUCUCUGCAUCGGUGACUUCUCUAUUAGGGGAUCAUAUGUGAAUAGUGAUAAAAAUAAUCUCCCGGCCACGCAGGCAACACUAGAAUGAACGGAGAAGAAAGUGUGGUGACAACUUGUAAUAGAAAAGUCGGAAAAAUCAAUAAGUUUGAUUGCUUGAGAUUAGAGUAUCGACUCAAGUGAAAUCCUCGACCAUGUCGAAUUUGUCUUGAAGAACG